AUGGCGAAAGAUAAAUCGUCCGCGACGGGAAGCUCCAAGGCCUCGAAAGCGGCGGCCAAGGCGGCGGCCAAAGCGGAGCGCAAGGCCGCAAAACAUGCUCGCAAGGUGGAGAAAUUGGCGAAGAAGGGCGGCGUGACCAAGUCCAAGUCCAAGAAGGAAAAGGAGGUGAACGGCAAGAAGGAUCUGGAGAAGAAGAAGGCCCGUGCGGAGAGGGCGUUGGAUGAGAUUGAGGCGGCCAAGGACGCCGAGGACGACGAAAGUGAAGAGGACGAGGACGUGAAGGACACGGCUGGGGAUGAAGUCUCCAGUGAAGAAGAAGAAGAUACGACAAUGAAUGGUGCGGGUGGUGAGGACUCUGAGGAGGACGACGACGACGAAGGCGAAGAUGAAGAGGGCGAGGAAAAAGGAGAAGCCGUGACGAGUCUCAAGAAUGCCAAACCCGAAGCCCAUCCCAAGAAGGAGGGCCAAGCUUCUGUCGUGCGGCCUGUGGGCGCGCUCGUCCCGUUCGCGAAUCCCCUUGCGGACGAGAAGGUCGCGAAGAAGGUGUUCAAGAGUGUCAAGAAAGCCGCGGCGCACCGCACCCUCAAACGUGGCGUCAAGGAAGUCGUCAAAGCGCUGCGAAAGUCUCCCUCCUCUCAGGACAACGAGUCCCUGCCCGUCGGCAUCGUCAUCCUCGCCGCGGACAUCUCGCCCAUGGACGUGAUCAGCCACAUCCCCGUGCUGGCGGAGGACCAUCACAUCCCUUACAUUUACGUGACCAGCCGGGCGGAGCUGGGCAUCGCGGGCAUGACGAAACGCCCGACCAGUGUCGUGAUGGUGAGUCGGGACGUGGGCAAGAAAGCCGCGGACAAGAAGGAUAAGGAUAAGGGGCCCGAGUCGGAAACAGAGACUUGGGCCGAGACGUACAAGGGACUUGUCAAGGUGGUGGAGCGGGAGGGCCGGCAUGUGAAGGUCUGA